AAUCGUAGAUAACGAGAGGAUCAUCGUAGGAAAAAAAUUUUGCAUUUGGAUCCAUAUCAAGGUCGGUAAUGACAGUGGUGUGUUGUUGGUUGUCUAACGGUUUCGAAUAUAACCUUUAUCUUUUAUGUACAUAUUUACAUAAUCUCAUCAUAAUUUUUAAUAUUUAUUUUAUGUGCUUUUUCAGGGCUGUGGCUUCUGGCUUGUAGUUAUAAACAUUGGUCUUAUUGCUAAAUAUAUUACCUUUGAAUAUAUAAAACAUCUCACAGGUCGUAGAUAAAAUGUUUGUUUAAUACUUGUGAUAAUAAAACGUAUUCUUCCCAAAAGGCGUUGAAUAAACAUUACAGACUAUUUCAUAAUAUUAUUUUUAAAGAAGUGCUAUACGAGUGUCAUCAGUGCAAUAAAACUUUUCCGUCCAAAAGAAAACUGCAAGAGCCUCACAGCAAGAAUCACAAAACGUUUCCUAUCCCAGGCACAACAUUUCAAUGUGAUAGAUGUGAUAAACUGUAUGCAUCAAAAAAGUAUUUGAAAAUACAAAUACAUUCUCUUGGCAAAUAUGAAUGCCAUACAUGUGGAUCUAUUUUUGACACAAAAAAUGAAAUAUGUGAUCAUAUAAAAUUACAUAAUAUAUGUAGGAACCUGUUAUGCCCAUUCAAUGAGUGCCAAGAAUCUUAUAACAGAUACAAACAUCUUGGUAGUCAUAUCUCAGAUUAUCAUAAUUUACAUCUGAUAACUGAAACAUAUACAUUCAGUACUAAUGAAGAAUUCAAUAAAUGGCGUUCUGCAAAAGAACAAGAACUGAAAGCAAAAUAUAUUUUGUCUACCAGUGAAAAAAAAAUUAAAGGAGGGUGUAAGAACAUAUUAUAUUUGUCAUAGAUCUCAAGCUCCACAGAUAACAGAAACCCCUAAAAGAAAUGCGAAAUCUAUGGGAACAAAUAAAAUUGGACGUACAUGUCCAUCUACUAUGAUUGUUACAAGUAACCAAGAAUGCAUAUCAGUUGUUUUCUUUCCUGUACAUGUUGGUCAUUAUAAUGAACUAGGGCGUUUAAGAAUUGAUGAGACAGACAGGAUUAAAAUAGCAGGUAAAUUGUCUCAAGGGGUCCCAAUAGGCAGAGUGAUAUUAGAGAAAGUGCACCCAGUGGAGAGAGUUCACUUGAUUGAAAAAAAGGACCUUACCAACAUUGUACGAGAUUUUUCAAUUGGAUACACUAUCAAAAGGCACAAAAAUGAUGCAGUCAGUGUACAAUUAUGGGUCAAAGCCAUGCAAUUAUUGGAAAACAACCCAGUUUUAUUUUAUAAAAACAGUGAAGAAGAUGAUGAGGGAGUGUUUGAUAAAAAUGAUUUUGUUUUAAUAAUAAUGACAGAAUUUCAGAAAAAGUCACUUAUUUCAUUUUGUCAAGACAAAAUCUGCAUUGAUGGCACUCACGGUUUAAACCAGUAUGGAUUUCAAUUAUACACAAUUGUUAUUGUUGAAGAAUAUGGUUCUGGGGUACCAGCAGCAUUUUGUUUUUCAAACAGAUCUGAUGAAACACUCUUUCAACAUUUUUUUCAAUGUAUUAAAGAUAGUGUUGGAUUAUUGUCACCAAAUGUUUUUAUGUCAGAUGACUAUAAUGCAUUUUACAAUGCAUGGAAAUCAGUUAUGAGCGAAGUACCUAAUAGACUGGGUACAAAAUUCUGGAAAAAUAUUAGAUAAGAAUAAAAGAUCUCACAGAAAAUGUGUUGGAAGUCCUCAUCUCACUAAUUAUUGAUUCUAUUGAAAAAGGUAAAUUUCCAGAGUGCCUAAAAAUAGCCAUCAUUAUUCCUCUUCAUAAGGGUAGUGAAAUAUCUAAUACCUACAAUUAGAGACCUAUUGCACUACUACUGGUACCCUCCAAAAUUAUUGAGAGACUCAUAAAAUCCCGACUUACGUCCUUUCUCGUUGAAAACAACAUAUUAUCACAAAAUCAGUUCGGCUUUUUAAAUAAUAAAUGCACCACUGAUGCCAUGUUUUCUGUACUACAUGAGGUUUAUCAAACUGAACAAUAAUCUUCACAUUGCCACAGUUUUUUGUGACUAUGCCAAAGCCUUUGACUGUGUAAAUUACAUUUUGAUAAAAAAACUAAAUUUCUACGGAAUUCGAGGUAUUUCUUUAAAUUGGUUCCAAUCUUACUUGGAUGAUAGGAAACAACUGGUUAGAACAAAUGGUACAGACUCUAGUCUCAAAAACAUUGUAUGUGGGGUACCUCAAGGUUCAGUAUUGGGUCCUCUACUUUUCCUGAUCUUUAUUAAUGACAUCACUAGUUUAAAAAUCAAAGGAAAAAUCUUUCUUUUUGCUGAUGAUACCAGUAUAACUUGGAGCAACUCAAAUAUUGCAACUCUUCAUGCUACUAUAACUUUUGAUCUACUUACAAUAAAAACCCGGUCUGACUCUAAUUUACUCUCCUUUAACGUAGAUAAAACAGUAGCAUUAGAUAUCAUAUAUACAAUAGCAAAACAACUCAGGAGCUCUUCAACCCUUACCUCUUAAUAACAGCCAGAUCAGUACCGUUGAUUCUGUAAAAGUUCUUGUUAUUUUUACAGAAUCAUACAUUUAAGGACAGCAUCCUUAAAUGGUCCCUUCAUAUCGAUUUGUUAAGGAAGAAACUAUCUUCAGCUUACUAUGCUAUAAGAUCUGUUUCGAAUAAACUCAAUUUAGCCUAGACAAAAGCCUACCUAUCUGAAAGACCAUAUUAUUCAGUAGAAGAUUUUCUUAAUCAAUAACUAAAAAAUUACAGUACCCUUGGCACAAGUAGUAUUUUUAUUAUUUUUUUAUCUAUGUUUGAGUGUCGUAUGCAGCAGCUUAACUUUUAAACUUAUUAAUUACUAGGUAGACUAUGAAAUUUGCAAUUGAUUCUUUCUGUUUAACUUCAUUAUUAGUACAUAUUAUUUUUUAAUUACAUUGAUGAUUUAUGUAAUUUUAGUAAAUUUAAUUGUUGUUGUUUUGUUUUCUUGACUUUUUAUAAGCUUUGUCGAUAAAAUUGUACAAUUUUUCAUGACAAUAAGAGCCCACGCAGACUGCAGACUUUUUAGUCUGCUUCUUAAUCAGUACAGAGAGGUAUGCAGAUGCGCACACUACACCGAUUCACUGAUGCAUAUCUCUCUGUACUGAUUAAGAAGCCGACUAAAAGUCUGCAGUCUGCGCGGGCUCUAAAGCAUAUUUCUCUCUCUCUCUCUCUUCUCUAUAAUUAAGUGUAAUGUUGUAAAUUAUUGUAACCUGUGUGUAAUAAAUGUCUAACAAUUAAAAAA